AAUAUCAGCUGUCUUUUCUAUACAUUUCCACAUUCGUUGGUCAGGAUACCAGUUAGAAUCUUGGAUGAGAAUGUCGGGAUUAACCAAAUUAGUCAAUGUUUCACAUGGCGUCAGGAUAUGCUGUGAAUCCCUCGGUAAAUUAACGCUUCAAAAUUCUUCCAGAAAUGUUGGUCAAUUGUUGAGAAUUCAUCAAAAUACAAGCCCACAAGUGAACAUGGGGGCAUUAACCUUCGCCGCGCGAAAUUUCUCUACAACUCAUAGCAGAAGGGAUUUAAUGCAAUUUUUUGACGACCCUAAAAACUGGCCGGAAAAUGAGGUUAAGGUGGGCAGAGCUUGGAAAUUAGAUGAACUCCGUAUCAAGUCUAAUAAAGAGUUGCACCAGCUGUGGUAUAUUCUUCUAAAAGAACGCAAUAUGUUAUUGACUAUGGAACACGAAUGUAAUGAGCAAAUGGAAUUGUUUCCAAGCCCGGAACGUUUGGACAAAGUGAAAAUAUCUAUGAAAAACUUAGAAACUGUCGUUAGGGAACGUAAUAAGGCUUAUCAUUUGCUGGAAACAGGCGAAACUGGUGAACGGCCACAACGAUUGAUGGCUAACAGUUUGGGUAUACGUUUUAUGUACAGAUCAUUGGAGCAUGUCUUACCACCUUUUAUGAAUGUGAAAUGGAUGAAGACCCGCUCUUUGGGAUAUGGAGGUCGAGCAGUACGUAAAUUUUUGCUUCAGUACCGUGAAAAGCUGUAUAAUGAGAAACGUAAAGCUAAAAAUCGUUCUCGGAACGAGGUUAUGAUGCUACUCCGCCGUAACCCAAAUUUGGACGUUGAUUUAUUGCGAAGCAAAUACCCAGAUGUCGAUAUCGAUAAGUUGAAGAGUUCAGACAAAGUGCGUGGUCAUUAUAUCCCAAAGAUUUGAACUAAGUAUUUUGUUAUUAAAAUGUCUUGUAUUUAAGGAAAAAAUG